AUGGCUUCCGACGAAGUUUCCCAGCUCUUCUGGCUCCAGUACGGCGAUGCCAUCCGACAGGAGUCUGGAGUUAGAAGUGACAACAAGAUCUUCUUCUUGGCGACCGAAGCCCAGAAGGGUCCUCUGGCCGGCAACAACGUUCCUGACGCUUACACUGCGCGGGGAUUGUACAGCCUCGGCAACAACUUAUUGUCUACCAACAGCGUCUUCUACAGUCCGUCUGCUCUGCAUGGGUACGACAAGGCAAUCGGCCUACCUGGUAAGGAAAGUCCUCUGCUGCACUACAGUAACUCUGCUAACGAACAGGAGGGAGGAAAAUUUAACCCUGCUUUGGAUGCCAACUUUCUGGAUGCCUUGAAGAAACAAGCCGCCUACCAGAAAGCUUUUGACAAAGAACAAGACAACGCCCAUGCGCAAUGGAGGCGAGAUACUGACCGCGGGUUGACCGACAAGGCAUUCAAUGUUUGGGUUCAGAGCGGCAAUGCUCCGGCUCGGAUGGCUGCGAAGGACAACGUCGACAGCAUCUCCCAAACGAUUAUCAAUCUUCAGUUGCAUCAGGGAGGCCCCUUGGCUGUCGCCGUCAAGAAAGAUAGAGACAGCCUCCGCAUGGGCAAGAACGAGGAGAUGGACUUUGUCGGUUACAACAUGCACGCUGCAAUAGAUAAUGGUCUCAGCACAGCCGAGAUCAUCAGCAAGAUUCACCAGGGAGAUGAAAUUUCGGAACCGUUCUUCCAGCGUCUGCCCUUGUACGAAGCUGGAUCCUACAAGCAGUUCGUGCAGGAUGCUCUACAGGAAGCCAAUGACGGCGACUACAGCUCGCCUCAGAGGAUCGAAGUCAAUAUCGAUGUUGAAGGAGACGCAUCGGACUACGAAUUUGGGCAGACUGGAGGUGACGGCAACAUUGGAGCUGGUACCGGGUGGUUCUCAUUUAGUGAUAACGCCAGUCACUCUGAGGAGUCCUACGUCUUGGAAACUGGCUCCGAGUCUUCCGAGGUCGAAGUCACCGUCACCUACAAUUCUAUCCAAGCUAUCAGCAUUACCACCGGUCCAUGGAACGUUGAUAUGAGCAAGUAUAAGCUUCGAUCGGACGCCCCAAACAAUAUCAAAACUCUCACCAGGGCGAGCCAGGCUAUUGCCGUGGCAGGUCUUGGCUACGAGAUCACGGUCGGCGAGUCGACCGCCGAAAUCCUCGAUACCAAGUUCGAGGAGACGAAGAAUGCCGGGGGCAGCAUCAGCAUCUUUGGCGUUCACAUUGGUCUGGGAGGCAGCGGCGAAGAUGAGACGCACACUUAUGAUUGGGAUUUGGAUAGCCGGACCUUCAGAGUUACCCCAAACUUUGACAAUAACGUUGUCGCUGUGGUCGGCGCAGUCGCGGAGAAGUACUGA